AUGGACGACAAGCAAGAGCCAAUUGCCAUUAUCGGUGCUGCCUGCCGCCUGCCGGGCCAGGCUUCGUCACUGGGCAGUCUGUGGGACAUGAUCAGCAAUGCUCGGACUGGCCACGGCAAAGUUCCUGCGGACCGCUGGGAUGGAGACAUCUGGCACCACCCAGACCCCGACAGGAAAGGAGGAAUCGCAGUCAAGCAUGGAUACUUCCUGCAGCAGGACAUCAGCCACUUCGAUGCUCCCUUCUUCUCGACGACGGCCAAGGAGGCUGCGGCAAUGGACCCCAUGAAGAGAUUACUGCUCGAAGUCAGCUACGAGAGCAUUGAGAAUGCGGGCAUUCCGGUGGAGUCGUUGAUGAACUCGUCAACGGGCUGCUACGUUGGGUGCAUGACCAACGACUACGAAAUGAUGUCUCUGCACGACAUUUACGAUAUCGGCCACAACGCCGCAUCGGCCACCAGCGAGGCCAUGACGGCGAACCGCGUGUCGUGGUUCUUUGGGCUGCGCGGGCCCAGCCUGACGCUCGACACGGCUUGCUCAUCCAGCUUGUAUGCGCUGCACCUGGCAUGCCAGUCGCUGAAGCUGGGCGAAACGAACAUGUCACUCGUGGCAGGAGUCAACCUGAUCCUCAACCCGAACACGAUGCAUCAGCUCUCGGCCAUGCACAUGCUGAGCCCCGAGGGCAUCUCGCACGCCUUCGACGACAGGGCCAACGGCUACGGACGUGGAGAAGGUAUCGGAUGCAUUGUGGUCAAGCGUCUGUCGGAUGCUCUGCGCGAUGGCGACACGAUCCGAGCCGUCAUCCGCAACACGGGGGCCAAUGCCGACGGCAAGACGCCCAGUAUCACGUCUCCCAGCGCCGAGGCGCAGGCGGAGCUGAUCAGGAAGACUUACGAGGCUGCGGGACUCGAGCAGACGUCGACGCAGUACUUCGAGUGCCACGGCACCGGCACGCCGGUUGGGGAUCCCCUCGAACUGGAAGCCAUCGCAAAGACUCUCGGAGCGAGCAGAGCGGCGGCUGGGCUGGGGCCGCUCUACAUCGGCAGCAUCAAGCCCAACGUCGGGCACACCGAGGGCUGCUCGGGGCUGGCAGGCGUGCUGAAGGCGGUGGCGUGCCUGGAGAACGGCAUGCUGGCGCCGACGUACGACGUGCAGAGGGUCAACCCCAAGCUGAAGCUGGCCGAGUGGAACCUGGCGCUGCCGGCGGCGACGAUGCAGUGGCCGACGCGCGGGCAGCGGCGCAUCAGCGUCAACUCGUUCGGCUUCGGCGGCGCCAACGCCCACGCCAUCCUCGACGACGCCCACCACUACCUGACGGAGCGCGGCCUGGUCGGCAACCACAACACCAAGGUCUUCGACGACGACGGCUCCGAGUCGGCCGUCUCGCUCGGCUCGCAGACGCCGCCCGACACGGCGCCGCACAAGCGCCUCUUCGUCUUCAGCACCAAGGACCAGGCCGGCAUCCAGCGCCUCGCCAGCGCCUACGCCGACGCCCUCGGCGGCGGCCCGGACAAGACGGACGCGCGCUACCUGGACAACCUCGCGCACACGCUGGCGGCGCGGCGCUCGGCGCUCGACUUCCGCAGCUUCGCCGUGGCGUCGUCGGCGGCGGAGCUGCGCACCAAGCUGGCGGGCGGCCUGCCCAAGCCGAAGCGCGCGCUGCGCCAGGACAGCAGCCUCGUCUUCGUCUUCACCGGCCAGGGCGCGCAGUGGCCCGCCAUGGGCCGCGAGCUGCUGGCAAACGACGUGUUCCGCGCCAGCGUCGACGCGUCGCAGCAGCACCUGCGCGCCCUGGGCUGCGAGUGGGACGCCGUCGAGGAGCUGGAGAAGACGGCCGACACGGGGUCGCGCGUGCACCUGCCCGAGUUCAGCCAGACGCUGUGCACCGUGCUGCAGAUUGCCCUGGUGCAGCUGCUGAAGUCCUGGAACGUGGUGCCCGGCGCGACCGUCGGCCACUCGAGCGGUGAGAUAGCUGCCGCCUACGCCGCCGGCCUCGUCUCGCACGCCGAUGCCGUCAAGAUUGCCUACACGCGCGGUCUCAGCUCUGCCAGCGUCGCUCGCAAGGGCGCCAUGCUGGCCGCCGGCCUCUCGCGCGACGAGGCGGCCGAAUACCUCGCCAAGGCCAUCGACACGCUGGAGCGCCUCAUCUCGGGCGACGCCAAGUUCGCCCGCAAGCUCAGGGUCCAGACGGCGUACCACUCGCCGCACAUGCGCGAAGUGUCGGACUCGUACGUCGCCCGCCUCGGCACCCUCACGCCGCCGCCCGCCCAGCCCGACGACGUCCUGCCGACCAUGUUCUCGUCGCUCACCGGCGAGCCCGUGGCCUCGGCCGCGCAGCUCGAUGCCCGCUACUGGGCCGCCAACAUGUGCAACCCCGUCGAGUUCUCGGCCGCCGUGUCGGCCCUGCUCGCCCGCCGCCGCACCAACUACGCCGGCUUCAUCGCGGCCGCGAGCGCCAACAAGGCCGCGCGCGAGGCCGUCUACACGUCGCUGCUCUCGCGCGGCAAGCACGGCCGCGUCGACCUGGCCGCCGCCCUGGCCGACCUGCCCGCGUAUCCCUGGAACCACUCCAAGGGCUACUGGCACGAGUCGUACCUGAUGCGCGCCACGCGCUACCCGCUUGCUCCCCGGACCGACCUUCUGGGCGUGCCCGAGCCGCUGCAGAACCCGCUCGAGCCGCGGUGGAGGAACCACCUGCGCGUGUCCGAGAACCCGUGGAUCGAGGACCACAAGAUCACCGGCACCAUCCUGUACCCGGCCGCCGGCAUGCUGGUCAUGGCCCUCGAGGGCGCCCUGCAGACGGCCGCCGAGAAGCAAAACGUGCGCGGCUUCCGCUUCCGCAACACGCGCCUGAGCCUGCGGCCGCUCGAGGGCAAGCCCGCCGGCCACUUCGGCUUUGUCGUCUACUCGACCACGACCGGCACCUCCGCGGCCAGCGGCGUCGAGGACUCGUCCGUCGACGCCCUGUGGGCGCGGCAGUCGGCCACGUUCAAGCAGCUGCAGGGCGCCGCCGGCACCGAGGACGUCGACGUCGACGACUUCUACGCGCACCUCGACGCCAUCGGCAUGGAGUAUGGCGACACGUUCCGCAACGUCGUGGCGCUGGCGGCCGUCCCCGCGCACCACGCCGCCCACGCCCGCGUCGUGCUGCCCGACACCAAAGCCACCAUGCCCGCCGACGGCUUCGAGUUCCCGCACGUCAUGCACCCGGCCACCAUGGACUCCAUCUUCCACAUGGUGCUGGCCGCCCUCGACGAGGGUAGGCCCGUCAGGGAGGCCGCCGUGCCCUACCACAUCGACGAAAUGUUCGUCGCCGCCGACCAGCCGCACACGCCCGGCGACAUCUUCACCGGCUACGGCAAGCUCGUGUCCAAGAGCGGCGACGGCCACGAGCUUGGCUUUGCGCUGCGCCAGACUGCGGAGCUGGCGUGGGAGCAGGAUGUCGACUUCUGCAAGACGACUGACAGCGAGGAGCCGCUGGCCCGCUGGCUGGACCCUUCCGUCCCGGACGCCAUCCGCGAUGCCGCCAAGCUUACUGCGAAGUUGUCUGCAGUGGCCACUACAGCCGAAGCCCCUUUGCCGGCUCCGCAAGAGGCAUACGAUCUCUCUCUGGGCGGCUACAUCGCCACGGUGCAGGGCUCCAAGCCCCUCAUCACCGUAUCCGCAACCGCGUCUCUCGCCGCCUCUCAACCCCCGGCCACGCCCCCCGCCGACGUCUACCUCCUCCUCCCCUCGACGCCCUCCCCCGCCACCACGGCCGCCGCAUCCGCCCUCACCGCCGCCCUCUCCACCACCACGACGGUCCACACGGCCGCCUUGACGCCCGCCGGCGUCGCCCCGCUCGCCGGCAAGCACGUCAUCUCCCUCCUGGAGCUGCACUCGCCGCUCAUCUACGCCUGGACCGCCGACGAGUUCGCCGCCUUCAAGCAGGUCAUCUCGACGGCCACGCACGUCCUCUGGCUCACGGCCGGCGGCGUGCUGGACGAGUGGUCUGGCGGCGUCGAGUUCGCGCCGGCGCAGGGCCUGCUGCGCGUGCUGCGCAACGAGUACCCUCUCGUCUCGCUGCCGCACCUCGACGUGUCGCCCGGCUUCGACGCCGCGAGCGCCGCCGGCGCGAACCUCGUGCUCGCCGUCUGGCGCAGGAGCCUUGUCGAGAACGGCGCCGAGAUGGAGUACGCCGAGCACCGUGGCGCCGUGGCCGAGGGCGUCGUGCAGCCCGUUCCCACGAAGCUGGCUGAGGCUGGCCCGAGGGAGCCGAGCGAGGCCUUGGCUGGUGGUGAGUUCCUGUGGGUUGAGGAUGACGAGGCUGGCCGUCCGUUGGCGGCGGAUGAGGUCGAGGUCGUCGUCGAGGCGGCGGGGGGCUUGAGUUCGGGCGAAGAGAAGAAGCUCCCGGCCCUGGCGAGCGAGGCUGCCGGCGUGGUGGCUAGACGCGGCGAGAAGAGCGGUGGCUGUCUGAAGACGCACGUCCGCCAGAAGGAGUCGCUUGUUGCGGCACUGCCCGACGGCUACGCGCUGCUGGAGGUUGCCCGGCUGCACAAGGGACAGACGGUGCUCGUUCACACGGCCGCCAGCGCGCUGGGCCAAGCUGCCGUCCAAGUGGCGCAGCUGGCCGGCGCUGAUGUCGUUGCGCUGACGUUCGUCACGCACCUUGAAACCACGCCCGUCGACGUCAUCUUCGGCAGCGCGCCGUCGCCCGCCGUCGAGCCGACGCUGGCCCUCCCUGCCUCCAAGCGCAACGCCUCCCUCGUCCGCAUCGACAUGGCCGCCGUGCGCCGCGCCAAACCUGCCACCGUCGCCGCCCUGUUCCAACGCACCUUCGACCACGUCCGCACCAGCGCCCUCAAGCCCAUCCCCGCCCACUCGACCCCCACCACCACAACGGUCGUCACCUUCCCCACCUCCAGCACCGUCCUCACCACCCCCGCCCCGCCGGCCCCGCUCGCCCUCGACGCCAGCGCCACCUACGUCCUCGCGGGCGGCCUGGGCGCGCUCGGCCUGCGCAUCGCCGACAUGAUGAUUGCCCACGGCGCCAAGGACCUCGUCUUCCUGUCGCGCUCGGGCGGCCGCAAGAACGAGGCCGACCUGGCCGCCAUGCGCGAGCGGGGCGCUUCCGUCGAGGCCGUGGCGUGCGACGUCACGGACGCGGCAAAGGUGCAGGCCGUGUUCGAGGGCAUCGUGAGAGAAGGCGGCGUCGUGGGUGGAGUGGUGCAGUGCGCCAUGGUGCUGCAGGAUAGCAUUUUUGACAACAUGGGGUGGGAGAAGUGGAACGGCGCCUUCGAACCCAAGACGCGGGGGUCGUGGAACCUGCUGAACGCAUUGUCGUCUUCGUCGGCGGCCAAGAGCAGUGGCAAGCAGCCCUUCUUCAUCCUCCUCUCCUCCAUCACCGGCAUCAUCGGCAACACGGCCCAAGCCAACUACGCCGCCGGCAACACGUUCGAAGACGCCCUGGCUCGCCACGCGCGCACCCGCCUCGGCGUCGCCGCCACCAGCGUCGACGUCGGCCUCGUCACCGACUCGUCCCACUUCACCGCCGCGGGCGAGUUCGGCGAGCUCGACGGCUACAUCAACCGCUACAGCCACGGCUGGAAGGGGCUCAAGACGACGGUGCCAGAGCUUCUCGUCAUCGCCGCCGCCCUGAUGCGCGAUGCUGCCGCCCCCGCCCAGCUCGUGCUGGGUUUGGCCGACAACCUCGUGCGCAGGCCUGCCGCCGGUGGCUUCCAGAACGACCGCAAGUUCGAGCUACGCAUUUCCCGGGCCACUGCAGCCGACGAGGGCAGCGGCGGUGAUGGUGCGAAGAAGGCCGCCACGGCCGACUUGUUGGCCCAGGCGGCGACGCUGGCCGAGGCGACGGCCGUCGUCGAGGAGGACAUCAAGGUCCAGAUUGCCGCCGCCGUGGGCGUUGCCGUCGACGAGGUCGAUGCGCAGAGGCCGUUGUUUGACUUUGGUGUCGACUCCCUCAAGGCCGUCGAGAUUCGCAACAGGUCGCUCAAGGAGCUGAAGAGCGACAUCUCGGUCUUCGAGCUGCUGAGCUCGACGCCGCUGGCCGAGUUGGCGGCCAAGAUUGCGUCGAGGAGCGGGUUGGUUACUGCAAAGAAGGAGGAUGCGUAA